AUGGAGAUCGUUUGGCAAGCAUCUGGUGGUCCGGCCAGAAAACGUGUUUCCCAAGCAUGCCAAAACUGCCGCGCACGGAAGAAGAGAUGCUACCAUGCUGAGCCGCCGGAGGGUAGUGGGAAAAAUGCAAGCCCUGUGGACGUAACGGAGCCGCAUUCGCCCCCUGCCACUCGCGAGCCCAGUUCAAGCCCAGGCCGAGUAAGCCCUUACAACCCCGAGUCUGUUCUGGAAGACUUGUCAGAAAACCCAAACCCUACAUCAACUCCAAAACAGUCGAAUUUGUGCCCCAGGCAUUCGCAACCCAGGCUGGAGAGUGUCAUGCAACGUACCACAGAAGUGGUGACAACUGAGGCAUCAACCGACAGAGCCCAGCGACUACUGUUCUGGCAUCGGAAACAAAGGAAACGAGCCGCUUCACCCCACUUAUCCGAACACUAUCGACGAUAUCUGGAGGAUGUUGGCGCAUUCCUCGUGCUCCCAAAGUCGACAACGGACGCUCUGUUGCCGAUUUAUACGGCGUCCUUGGACGAUCUCAUUCCUAUCAUGGACGGCGCAAGUGUUGUACGUGAUCAGAGUAACGGGCAAUCUUCCAACUACCUCGUAAGAGCGAUAUGUCUUGUUGUUUGCAAGAGCAAACAAGCUUCGCCAUUCUUACAAUUAGUCGAAGGUGGUCCGAUUCUCGAACCUUUGGAGUUUGCGUCCAAGUUGUUGGAGGGACUUGAUGCUGCAGUUAAAGCAAACCUAGAACCAGACCGAGUGACAAAGAUUCAAAUCCUCACGUUGAUGCACUUGCAUAAUGAUGGGCUGGCUGGAGUAGACCGGUCUUCCAGUUACCUGUCACAGGCCAUUUGCGAAGCGUGGUCAAUCUCCUUACAUCUUAAAGUCCCUGGAAGUCCUGAACAAAAACGCUGCGACUUUCUUUGGUGGACGCUCAGAAACUUUGACCGAUUGAACAAGCCGAUCAUGGCGGCUGCACCCUUUAUGAUUGAUGAUACCGACGUGGCUGUCGAUCGUAUCAGUCCGAGAGAAGAUGACUACCGUUCUCAAGUAAUGUCAAUUUCUUUGACACUAGGGGACCUGAUGACUACAGCAACUCGAGUUUAUAAAGCUAGCUCCAAGGCAACUGUUGACUUAUGCGACGACUUCCCAUCACUUUCUGAGCUCACUUCAGGCACUGCUUUUGAGCGAUUCCACAGAUCCCACGCAGCUUAUCUCGAGAUUUGGUAUCAUGUCGCCGCCAUGCUGUCGUGCCGCUACAGCGGGCCAGGCAGGCCUCAGUAUUCCAGACGUCUAGCAUCCGCUGAUAGAGUAAUCAGCAUCAUUUCACAGGAGGGUUCGGAAAGACUUCCGCCACUUCCACUCAUACCCUAUGCAAUUUCAAUGGCCACAACCGUAAUCUAUCGUGCAUUGCGAGACGAAAGACGCAAUACCUCCAAAGCAUGCGAGGACCUUGGUCUUUGCUGCAAUGCCCUGGAGAUUUUGUCUGAGCGAUGGACAAGCGUCAAGGGUGUGGCGCGGCUGGCAAAGAGAUUAUUGAGGUUCAUUGAUCGAGGAAUAACUCAGGUGCAGCUGGGAGACAAAAACGAAUGUCUCUGCAGGGACUGCGGGUCUCACGGAACAGCAGUCUCGGCUGUAAGCAGGCCACUGGAGAUAGCCCCAGAGGGCCGUAAUGAGACAGUCCAUAUCCUGCAACCGACCACACCAAUACCCUGCUUGGUAGAUAGCAGCCAAACUCUACACCAAGAGAACGGAGCAGGCAUAGAUCAACUUGUGCAGCUACAACCCGGCGACUCUUGGGAAAACUUUGAUGUAUCGUACACUCAGCUUGAUAGGGCAUUUCACGAUAUGUUUGACGAUGGGAUGCCAGAUGUUUUUCGGGAUCCAGCGGCAUGGGAUUUUAUUGAAGUACCAAACGAAGCAUAUAGCCAUUGGUCGACGCAAUAA